UACAGUAAAGGCAGGAGGACGGCCGCAUUUCUUGCGCGGGGGGGGGUGAGGGGCGGGAAAGAGCGGAGAGAGGAAGGAAGAAAAGGUAGCAGCUUGCUGGCUUUGUACUUGACAAAACUGCCGGGCAAGAUGCUAGAAUUCCUGAAGCACCCAAUUGUAUUUUCCAUGCAGAUCAACAUGAAUCUGGUGGUUUUGACUGUGGUGGGAUUAUUAAGCCGGUUGUGGGCCCUGUCCUACCCUCGUGCUGUGGUCUUUGACGAAGUUUACUAUGGCCAGUUCCUCUCUCUAUAUAUGAAGCGGAUCUUCUUUGUGGAUGACAGUGGCCCACCAUUUGGUCACCUGCUUCUGGCCUUUGGAGGUUACUUGGGUGGGUUUGAUGGCAAUUUCUUGUGGAACAGAAUUGGUGCAGAAUACAAUCCCACUGUGCCAGUUUGGGCCCUGCGGCUGCUACCAGCCUUGGCUGGCGCCUUGUGUGUUCCGCUGGCAUACCAGAUCCUUGUGGAACUGCAUUACUCACACUUUGUUGCUUUUGGAGCUGCCCUGCUGUUUCUGCUGGAGAACUCCCUGAUCACUCAGUCCAGGCUGAUGCUACUGGAGUCCAUUUUAAUCUUUUUUAUCCUGCUGGCAGUUUUAUCUUAUCUGAAGUUCUACAACUCGCAGAAGGAAAGCCCCUUUUCCGCAAGAUGGUGGUUCUGGCUCUUGCUCACAGGACUUUGUUGCUCCUGUGCAAUUGGGGUGAAAUAUAUGGGCCUCUUCACGUACAUCCUGCUUUUGGCCAUUGCAGGAGUCCACUCCUGGCAACUGAUCGGUGACCAGAACUUGCCCAAUAUGUCCCUGCUGGGCCACUUGCUAGCCAGAGGUCUGGCCCUCGUGAUCCUCCCAGUAGCCACAUACCUGUCUUUCUUCUACAUCCACUUGGCUUUGCUGUAUCGCUCAGGGCCACAUGACCAGAUCAUGAGCAGUGCUUUCCAAGCGAGUUUGGAGGGUGGUCUCGCUCGGAUCACGCAAGGCCAGCCUCUGGAGGUGGCAUAUGGCUCCCAGAUCACCUUGCGCAACAUCCUGGGGAAACCCAUGCCCUGCUGGCUGCAUUCUCACAAGAAUACUUACCCUAUCAGGUAUGAAAACGGCCGUGGAAGCUCCCACCAGCAACAAGUCACCUGCUACCCUUUCAAGGACGUCAACAACUGGUGGAUCGUGAAGGACCCUGGCAUGCAGCAGCUGGUGGUGAGCAACCCCCCUCGCCCUGUGCGCCACGGCAGCAUUGUGCAGCUUGUUCACGGGAUCACAACUCGCUACCUCAACACACAUGACGUUGCUGCGCCCCUGAGCCCUCAUUCCCAAGAGAUUUCCUGCUACAUUGAUUACAACAUUUCCAUGCAGGCUCAGAAUCUCUGGAGAGUGGAAAUUGUGAACCGAGACUCGGAUACAGAUGUCUGGAAAACAAUCCUGUCUGAAGUAAGGCUUGUCCAUGUGAACACCUCGGCAGUGCUAAAGCUCAGUGGCGCAUCCCUACCCGAGUGGGGCUAUCGGCAGCUGGAGAUAAUUGGGGAAAAGAUUUCUAAAGGCUACCACCAGAGCAUGCUGUGGAACGUGGAAGAGCACAGAUAUGGGAAAAGCCAGGAACAGAAGGAGAGGGAGGUGGAACUGCAUUCCCCAACCCAGAUCAGCAUCAGCCAGAACCUCAGUUUCAUGGCCAAGUUCACAGAACUGCAGUGGAAGAUACUUACUCUGAAAAAUGAAGACACAGAACACAAAUAUAGCUCUUCUCCCCUGGAAUGGAUUACCCUGGACACAAACAUCGCCUACUGGUUCCACUCCACCUCAGGGGCCCAGAUCCACCUUCUGGGGAACAUCGUCACCUGGAUGUCUGCCAAUGCAGCCACUGCUGCCUACGUGGCUCUGUUCCUGUGGUACCUGCUCCGGCGGAGACGGAAUAUCUGUGACAUCCCUGAAGAGGCAUGGUGGCAGUGGGUGUCAGCAGGAGGCCUCUGCGUGGGAGGCUGGGCCAUGAAUUACCUCCCAUUCUUCCUGAUGGAGAAGACGCUCUUCCUCUACCACUACCUGCCUGCUCUCACUUUCCAGAUCCUCCUGAUCCCUGUUGUCCUGCAGCACACCAGCGAAUACCUCUGCAGAUCCAGACUCUCAAAGAGCAUGCACAGUGCUCUUGUGGUUGCCUGGUUCUCUUCUGUUUACCUGACCUACCACACAUUCCGACCGCUCACCUACGGGAAGCCUCCGCUCACCAAAAGUCAGCUCCAGGACCUACGCUGGAAGGACAGCUGGGACAUCUUGAUCAGCAAACACUAGUCUUGCAAGACGGG